UAAAUGGGCUAGUGAAUAAACCAUCCUUUGUUUGGCACGAAUACAUCAUCCUCACAACAUGCCUUGUGUACUACAUUCACUCUCUCCGCUCAUAACCACCACCAACCACCACCACCACACCCGCCACCACCGUUUCUCCACCACAUCACCCAAAUUUCCACUUCAAACCACCACAACCCACCACUCCUUCACAAUCAAAUCCUCUCUUGAAAACAAACCCAAACCCAAACCCAAACCCACUUCAAAAAACGGGUCAUGGGUCAGCCCGGACUGGCUCACUUCUCUAAUCCGGUCAAUCUCCUUCACUCAAACUGAUGAUUCGAACAUACCCAUUGCAAGUGCUCAGCUGGAUGACGUGUCAGAUCUUCUGGGUGGGGCCCUGUUUCUGCCGUUGUUUAAAUGGAUGAAUGAUUAUGGGGCGAUUUAUAGAUUGGCUGCUGGGCCAAGGAACUUUGUGAUUGUGAGUGACCCGGAGAUUGCUAAGCAUGUGUUGAGGAAUUAUGGGAGUAUUUAUGCUAAAGGCCUUGUUGCUGAGGUGUCUGAGUUCUUGUUUGGUUCUGGUUUUGCCAUUGCUGAAGGCUCUCUUUGGACUGCAAGGCGCAGGGCUGUAGUUCCAUCACUUCACAAGAAGUACUUAUCAGUAAUAGUUGAUCGCGUGUUUUGCAAAUGCUCCGAGCAGCUUGUCGAAAAGCUCCGAUCUUACGCACGCAGUAACACGUCUGUUAACAUGGAGCAACAGUUUUCUCAGUUAACUCUUGAUGUUAUUGGUCUAGCAGUAUUUAACUACAAUUUUGACUCACUUACGGCCGAUAGUCCCGUAAUUGAAUCUGUUUAUACUGCAUUGAAAGAAGCCGAAGCCCGUUCAACUGAUCUUUUACCAUAUUGGAAGAUAAGUGCGUUAUGUAAGAUUAUACCAAGACAAAUAAAAGCCGAGCAAGCAGUUACUGUAAUUAGAGAAACCGUCGAAGAACUUAUUAUAAAAUGCAAGGAAAUCGUUGAAAAGGAAGGUGAAAAAAUAGACGAUGAAGAUUACGUAAAUGAUGCAGACCCAAGCAUACUUCGAUUCUUGCUUGCUAGCAGGGAAGAGGUUUCAAGUCAACAGCUACGCGAUGACCUUUUGUCAAUGUUGGUUGCCGGACAUGAAACCACCGGUUCGGUGUUGACUUGGACUACAUAUCUUUUAAGUAAGGACCCAUCUUCGUUAAUGAAGGCACAAGAAGAAGUUGACAGAGUUUUACAGGGUCGCCCCCCAACUUAUGAAGACGUAAAAAACCUUAAAUUUAUAACACGAUGCAUAAACGAGUCUAUGCGUCUUUAUCCACAUCCCCCGGUCUUGAUAAGAAGAGCUAUAGUCGAAGAUGUGCUUCCGGGAAAUUACAAGGUCAACCCUGGUCAAGAUAUUAUGAUAUCGGUUUAUAACAUCCAUCAUUCAUCCAAGGUUUGGGAAAGAGCAGAAGAAUUCAUACCUGAAAGAUUUGGAUUAGACGGGCCGGUGCCAAAUGAAUCCAAUACUGAUUACAAGUUCAUUCCAUUCAGUGGCGGCCCACGAAAAUGUGUAGGCGAUCAAUUUGCUAUGCUGGAAGCAAUCGUUGCACUUGCAAUUUUUUUGCAGAACAUUGAAUUCGAAUUGGUUCCAAAUCAAAAGAUUAACAUGACAACGGGUGCCACCAUUCACACGACAAGUGGUUUGUACAUGAAAGUCAAAGAACGUAAAGUCAACUCUAUGGCGAUGUCUGCAAUGUAGGUCACGUAUGACGAUAUCUUUAGUGCAGGUCGUGCACUUCUACAUCGGUAAAUUUAAAUGUAUAUCCAAGUGUUACCCAUAGUUUAAACUUUAAAUUGUAGAGCGGGUGUUGAUGUAACAUACUGUUUUAGUUCAAUAAAGGGCAAACCCGGUGCAUGAAUCAAGAUGCAUGGAAUCCGGGUGUUUUAUUAUA